AUGGAAAAAGUGAGCAAAGCUGGAGAAGCUAUCAAGGAGAAGGUGAAGGCUAAGUACGAGGAGGUUGCGCCAGCUGGACAAGGCAAUAGGUUCAUGGAAGAAACAGGCUAUGAAAAUGUUCGUCAGACAGAAAAGGAUAUUCGCCGAGAAACAGAACGAAGGAUGGAACAUGCUAAGAAGAUAGUAGAGGAGAAAGUAGGUUUGGGUGCCCUUCAUAAACAAACUGUUGCUAAAGAUAGUGUUUAG